UGCGCAGUUCCCAAAUUAGAGGAAAGUCAGCCUUGAGAAGAAGAGACGCCCUUCUACCUCUGACAGUCCUUGGAGCUCCUUGGACAGCUCCCAGGGCUCAACUUGGCAGCGGGGGCGGGAAGACAGUCCCCCGGGCCAGCCCACACAUCUUCUGAGGGCGCGGGGCCCGGAGGAGGCGCCCGGACCGGCGACGCCUCUCGAGGAAGUUGGCGCUUUAAUUACAGAGCCAGUUCCCUGUAGCAGCCACCUUCAGCGGCGAGCAGCAGGCACAGUCAGUCCUCUGACUCGGGUGCAGUACCGCGGCCAUGGGCGGCUCGACCUCCAGCCAGCUGGACGAGGGCAAGUGUGCCUACAUCCGAGGGAAAACUGAGGUUUCUAUCAAAAACUUCAGUCCCUACUACAUCCGCCAAUAUUCUGUGGCUUUCUGCAAUCAUGUGCGCAGCGAGGUGGAACAGCAAAGAGAUUUGACGUCACAACUUCUGAAGACCAAGCCCCCGCUGGAACCAGGAACCGUGUUGUAUGAAGCCGAGCUCUCACAGUUUGCUGAAGACAUCAGGAAAUGGAAGGACAGAUACGUUGUGGUUAAAAAUGAUUUUGCUGUGGAAAGCUAUGAGAACAAAGAGGCCUAUCAGAGAGGAGCUGUUCCUAAAAGCAGGAUUCUUCCAGCGGGUGGCAAGGUGUUAACCUCAGAAGAGGAAUAUAGCCUCUUAUCUGAUAAGCAUUUCCCAGACCCCACUGCUCCCAGUGAGAAGAGCUCCCAGCCCUUUGUGGUCCUGCCCAAGGCAUUCCCGGUAUACCUGUGGCAGCCGUACCUCAGGCAUGGCUACUUCUGUUUCCACGAGGCUGCGGAACAGCAGAAGUUCAGUGCUCUUCUGAAUGACUGCAUCAGACACCUGAACCACGAUUACACGAAGCAGACGACAUUUGAAGCCCAAGCCUUUUUGCAAGCUGUGCAGUCCUUCCGGCAGGAGAAGGGUCUCUAUGGAGCAUGGGAAACGAUGGUUGGGGAUGAAGUCCAGGUCCUGAGCAAUCUGGUGAUGGAGGAGCUCCUACCUACCCUUCAGACUGACCUGCUGCCUAAGCUGAAGGGGAAGAAGAAUGACAGGAAGAGGGCCUGGUUCGGACUCCUGGAGGAAGCCUACAGUCUGGUUCAGCAUCAGGUGUCAGAGGGAUUAAGUGCCUUGAAGGAGGAGUGCAGAGCUCUGACAAAAGGCCUGGAAGGGACCAUCCGCUCAGACAUGGAUCAGAUUGUGAACUCAAAGAACUUUCUAGCCGGGAAGAUCAGAGCAAUGGUGGCUGAGCCAGCUGAGAAGAGCUGUGGGGAGAGUGUGCAGCCGUUCCUGGCAUCCAUUCUGGAGGAGCUAAUGGGGCCGGUGAGCUCAGGCUUCAGUGAAGUCCGAGCCCUUUUCGAAAAAGAAGUAGAUGAAGUCAGCCAGAGCUUCCAUGCCAGUCAGGACGGUGCCCAGCUGAAGGAGUAUCUAAACCAGCUAGUGAAGCUUCCUCUGGAUUCUGUGAAGAUGGAGCCUUGUUACACUAAAGUCACCCAGCUUCCUGAGGGCCUGCUGGACCUUCAGAGCCGCUUCAGAUUCCCUCAUGCUGACCUGGUGGUCCAGAGGACUCAGAACUACAUGCAAGAGCUCAUGGAGAACGCUGUGUUCACGUUUGAGCAGUUGCUCUCCCCACAUCUCCAAGGAGAGGCUUCCAGAACAGAAGCAGCCAUCGAGAAGGUUAAACUCCGUGUUUUAAAGCAAUACGAUUACGACAGCAGCACCAUCCGGAAGAAGAUCUUUCAGGAGGCGUUGAUUCAAAUCACACUGCCCACUGUGCAGAAGGCCCUGGCGUCCACAUGCAAACCGGAGCUUCAGAAGUACGAGCAGUUCAUCUUCGCAGACCACACCAACAUGAUCCAUGUUGAGAAUGUCUAUGAAGAGAUUUUGUAUCAGAUCCUCCUUGAUGAAACACUGAAAGUGAUAACGGAGGCGGCUGUCUUGAAGAAACACAACUUAUUUGAAGACAACAUGGCCUUGCCCAGUGAAAGUGUAUCCAGCCUGACAGAUCUUAAAACCUCCGUGGGGUCGAAUCAGGCCAGCCCAGCCAAAAGAGCAUCUGCUGUUCUUCCUGGAGCUCCAGAUAGGGAGCUGUUGAGUAACGAAGUGUUCCCGGAGCCAGAGGAAAAGAAACGGCAGCCUGAGGCACCUGCCUUGUUGGCUAAAGAAGAAAGUCCCGCCGUUCCUGGGUCCAGUCUUCCUUCAGGUGGGGAUGGGCAGGCGUCUGUGUCCAGUGUGGGUAACUCUGCUAGCAAUCCUCUCACUGUAGAGAAUACAGCAGUGCCCUUCAGCUCACACUUGUCAGAGGCGGAAGUUGGGGAGACCCUUAAAGAUGAGGAGCCAAUCUGUGAAAAGCCAGAGUCCAGCACCACUCUGGGAUCCCUGAAGGAGCUGAAGGAGUUGCUGACUGUGACAGUGUCCGAAGAGUCUGCCCUGGUGAUUGAAAAUGAUGCACCUAUUCCCCAGGAAGAUGAGGAAGAAGAGAACAAGACCUGCCCAGAAGCCAGCUGUCUAGCUGCCAUCCAGCAGGACAACUGUAAAGAACAUGAAGCCAGAGCUUCGGAGGUUGAGGCUCCUGGGGUGGAGCUGGGGACAUUGCCGGAAGGUAGCUGUCCUACCUCUCAGUCUACCGAUGGGGGGCCCACUGAGGAUACCAGCUGUCUAAGCCCCAUAGAGAAGCCCCCUGAGGCUCCAGAUACCACUGAGGAGGUGUCCCCAGCUGUCAUUUCCACACAGGACACCACCCAUGCAGGAGGUGAGGCUGUGCCUGCUGUGGCUGUCACACUCCAAGAAGAGGCCACGUUAAGUUCUAAUCCCAUCUGUCCUGUGGAGAGCAAUGAGAUGCCCCAGGUUUCUGCACAUCAAGAUGUUCUGGGAGGGAAUGGAAGCCCAGCUCUUGCUGUGGAUUCAGAGCCAGUCAAUGCUCUGCAUGUGCAUGAGUGCCAGUGGGUGGUAGAGGAUGCUCUAAGCACUGACAUCAUCGAUGUGCACGAUCAUGAUGUGAGCUCCUCAGAGCAGCCCUCAGGGGACUGGUAGGAAUGGUUUGCCAGUCCUUUUUCUUUUUUGAAACUAUCAGUCAAAGGGUUUUAGUUAUGGGUAUCCAUAGGAGAUUGCAUGCGGUUUGCUAUGAAAGAUGAUAAAAAUAUUUCCUUAGUAUGAAUGAUAAAGCCAGGGGAAAUGUAUACAGGGUGUGAGCACUGAUGCUGACGUUGGGGAGCUGGACUGUUCUUUGUGAAUCAUGGAUCACUAUAGCAUUUGAUAGAAAUGUAAGAGAGAGCUGGAGCAUUGGGGCGAAAAGCAGUUAAAGGGGCUCCGGAGAGGGGGCAAUAAGGCAGCAGAGACUGAAAGAGCAGGAAAUGGCACCUCCAUAUUCUCAUCACUGAAAUGUGGUACAAAGCUUGUGCCGCACUUUAAGGCAUUUUUUAGCAAGAGCCCAAAGGACUCCAGCCUCAUCACCCACUC